UGACGUAAUCUGCCUCCGAAAUCGUGUUAUAAACAGUCAUGGUGGGUAAAAGGAAAGAACUAAACCCUGUCACGAAAACGGCUGUUGUUUGAUAGUUUCAAUCAGGCCUUCGACAAACAGAAAAUUCCCGAAGAUUAGGCAUACCACGGACUACAAUAGCUUGGAUUAUUAAUAGAUUUCGCGCACGGAAAAGUGUUGAAAACUUACCGAGAAAAGGAGCCCCGGCAAAAAUAAAUGAACGUGAAAGUCGGGCAUUAUUACGGAUCGUUAAGCAAAAUAGGAAAAGAACUUUAUCGGACAUAACUGGACACUGGCGUGUUGUUGAAAAACGGAUUCGUAUUCGAGAAAUCAACCGGAAGAAUCGCGUCAACUGGUGCAGAACAAACAGAAGGAGAACUGUAGGCCAUUACUGGAAAAGGGUGAUCUUUAUUGACGAGUGCAUAGUUGAUAUCAGGACCGACAAUAAGGUUUUCAUUUGGAGAAAGGUAGACGAAGAUUGGCUACUGUGUUGCCUCGGAACUCCCCCAACCCCUUAGUUCAGUGUGAUGAUAUGGGGUUGCAUUACAUACGAAGGUGUCGGUACUGUAACUGUUCUAAACGGUAACAUUAAUGCUGAAAAGUAUAUUUCCAUCCUAGAAGAUGUCGGUACUGUAACUGUUCUAAACGGUAACAUUAAUGCUGAAAAGUAUAUUUCCAUCCUAGAAGAUAAUCUCUUGCCCGUUGUAGCUCUCCAUUUCCCGGAUGGAAGGUACAUAUUCCAGGACGACAACGCCCCGAUACAUAGAGCCAGGGUUGUAAGCCAGUACAGUAUGUUAGGUGAUAUCAAAUGAUUGGUCACUGUGUCCGAUUCAAAACAAAGAUGUGAUUUUACACGGCAGUUUAAAUUUUCUUGUGAAAUGAAUGGAAAGGACAAAAUACAUCAUCAAAAGCCAAACUUUUAGUGUCAGUAAUUAUUUAAAUUUACACUAGUAAACAUCUGUCAUCCACAUGCCAAUAUGGACGGAAAACCAAGAGCUUCCAUGACUUUUAAAGGUCGAUUGACAGUCCGAUUGAUGUUGUUCAGUUUUAUGACGCUGGUUGUCAUAGUUUUGGUUAACUUGUUAGAAUCAUCCAUUCGUAUUACUACUUCUAAAGCCGUUUCAUUAAAAAUGAAGUCAGGCUUCAGCCAUAUGCUAGAUUUGUACUUAACAAACUCAACGAUAUUUAAAACAAACAUUCUUUUUGGAUCAUCAGAUGUCGCCUACAGUAAGUCUAGUUUCGACGAGAAGCAAAUAACUCGUUCAAACCCGGAAACAAGUAUGGCCUCCAGCAAUCUACAACACCUACCUCUGAGUGUUACCGCUUACAGAAAAGAUACCUUUGCUGAUCUGAAUUUAACACGAACAGAAACAAGCACAAAGGAGAUUAUAACAAUAGAAUCUAGAAUGAAAAAUGUACACCGUGGAAGAAACGAGAUGCCGCAUAAUAAAAAUGAGCGCCAGAGAGAGUGCGAUAAUUGUUUUAAACAUGAUUUUGAAUAUUAUAUUCAGAACGACCACAUCUGCGACACAUCGUCAAUGCACGAAAACAUUGACCUUCUGAUACUUGUUACUACUGUGCACAAGAAUGGCUUCGUUCGGGAGGCAUUACGGACCACGUGGUUGUCAUGCACGAAAAACAAUACUGCAAAUGUGAGGCACGUUUUCCUUCUAGGAAAAACAUUUGACAAUAGGUUACAGGAAUCUGUAAUGAGAGAAAAUGAUAUACAUCACGAUAUCGUUCAGGAGAUGUUUAUCGACACUUACCAAAAUCUUACCUACAAAACAAUAAUGGGUUUUAAGUGGGCCUCUACCAAAUGUUCUAACGCACAUUUUGUUAUGAAAACAGACGAUGACAUGUGGGUAAAUGUACCUGCGUUAGUGAAGUUGUUGUCGGGAACCGACCUCGAAAACUAUUUACAAACUGGUCUGACCGGCAAUUGUAGAGCAAAAGAAUCACCCAUCAGGAAUAAAAAUUUCAAAUGGUACGCGUCUUUACUUUCGUAUCCUGACGUGUCUUAUCCACCUUUUUGUUCAGGGACUGGAUACUUGACCAGCAUUAAGGUUGCAUCCGAAAUUUACCAUGUUUCUCCGAACGUGCCUUUCUUCCAUCUAGAAGACAUCUAUGUUGCUUUGUGCGCGCGGCGACUCGGGUUAUCGGUAAAAAAAACUGUAGGUUUCUACGCAGGACGCAGACUGAAUGUAUGUGAUUACAAAAAGGACGACGUCUUAACAAUACAUCACGUAACGCCUUCGAAGUUAACUGAGAUAUGGAAUACGCUUUGCAGUCUCAAAUGAGCGAGGAAGUUACAACCAUAAUGAUAAACAAAUACUAAAUAAUUGGGUCAUUUGAUAACCAUGUGCUUGCCUAACUUAAUUUAGUCACUCUAGUUUAUGUUUGUGUUAUUAACAAAACUGUAGUCAGUGAUAAGUUAGUUGGACAAAGGCUGAACCAAUAUCUAUUCCUAUUAUGAGUUAGCUCUGUUAGUUGAUUUAAACAGAAAUUCGUCAUUGUUUGUGAUUGAUAUAGCAAUAUUUUAAUAUUUUUCAUGUAUAUUAAAUAAGUUUAGCUAAAUAUACUUUUUAGACUUUAUAUCACCUGUCUUAAACCAUAACAUGUAGGUGCUGAGUAUUAUAAAUAAUUGUUAAUCAUUUUGUUGCGAAAUACGGUAAUUGCAUUAAUUUAGUAUCACCUUUAUUGUAAUAUGUCACAUUUUACUAUGCGCUAAUGUUUUUAGUUGUAUUGAAGGUUAAUUUUUGUAUGAUUUGUUAAAAGAUGUUAUAAAAUAUAAAUUAUUUUGAAUGACAUUUAAUCAAAAUUCAGACCAUUUGCUUGGUGGAUAGUGUUAACAAUUUAUAAUUCACUAGAUUGUUUUGAUAACUAAUUUUAAGUUUAAAAAUACAACUAAGUAUAUACAUAAAUAAAUUCUUUAUUUUUCUCACGUUCUACAUCACGUUAGGACGUUUAUACCCUUUGUAUUAGGUACAGAAUUGCAAACAGCUAUAGUUUAAACAGAGCGUGGUAAAUAUGUUAUGGUAACGUGAUUAUUUUGUAUAUUUUCCAUUCUUGUCAGGCGUGGUUUUUAUUUAAACAUGAACGCGAGUUUGCGAUGAAAGGCUUUAUGCAUCCAACAUAGUUUUGCAUGUAUUCCAUUGGAAUAGUCACCCAAACGCGUAUUAAUAAUUCAAGUUUUCCAGUGAGCGUGUAUGACAAUGUUAGGUUGGCGAUUUUAUGUUGAAAUCAUGACUCACCAGCAUUAACCAUUAUGCGUUAGUAUUGUUUCAAAUAUCGUAACGAUGAAUUUAUAAGUUUCCAUAUUGAACUCGGGUAAAACAGAUUACAAAAAACCUCUGUCUUCAUACGGUUACCGAGUCAUUAAAUUCAGGAAGCUAAUUUACGAACACUACGGAGUAAGAAUAUUCAAUACAAUUCGAGUUUGUAUUGAUUAUAAUGGACGUUAUCCGGAUUCCCACAAGAAAAAAACAAAUAUGGAGGUACAAACAACGCUGUCCAACAUAAUCAACCAAUCAAAGUUGCGUUCAAUUAAUAACGGACGAUGCGGUGUGUGAUUUUGAUUUUUUUUUAAUUAUGUCCGCUUUGUUUGUACCCACAUAUGAGCGACUUCUUUUCCAAAGUCUAGUCCAUUCCAGAGUAAGUGUAUCUCUCACGAGUAUCAAACCAAUGUUGCUGAGCAAUAAGAUUGUGCUGCGGGGGAGUAUAUUGUGCUUUAAUUGUAUUUUAAAAUAUAUUAAUAUACUUUAUGCUAUGACACUUUUUACUGUUUUGUUGCGCAUAUUUUUUACGCCGUACGAAGUAUACGCAAUGUUAAAAAUUCAUGACAAGCAUUAUAUAACGAUGAGGUAUAUGAUAAACGGACAUAUAUGAUUACAUAUUAGUAACCAAGGUUAACAAUAUACGUUUUAAAAGCAGGAAUGUGUUUUAUUCGAUGUAAAUACUUACGUGGCCUGAGCUUAUGACAUAAGACCCUAAUCAUUCUGAGACUUAUGUUUAGAAUAUAGAAUAUUCGUUAAAUUGUAUUUUUCAAGACUUGAUAUAAUUUUGAGUCAAGCUUGGCAUUAACCUUAUCUAUCUAUAUAAUUCGUCAUGUUGAGCAUUUUCUAAAUGACAUAAUUAUCAGUGGUAGCCUGUAUACAUGUAUAUUCAAACGCUUGUUGUAUUUGUCUUGGUUCUAUCUGUAUUAUUUUUGUUAAGUCUUAGCAUGGGUUAGUGAAUACGGGCCGGGACUACUUUAAAUAUAAACAAAUAAAUAUAGAUAUAUAUACUGUUUUUCUUCUUAGCCAUCGAUUUAACAAAUGACUUUUGUUCAACGCACGAUAUUCCGUCGUUAAAUUGAAAUGCAACAUGUUAUGGAUCUGAAAGGUACGGUCAAAGUAAACCAUUAUCUUAAAGAUGAGAACAUUUAGACAUUAAUCUCUCACUAGCCGAUGUUUCACACGAUCAUCUCGAUUACACAUGCAAUUAUGUAGAGUUAAUGCAGCUACUAUGCCGUUAUAUAUUCACGAUGUGGUACAAUGAUAUUCAGGUAAAAAGUCAGACCUUACUUUGAGUAAUGAUGACUCAUUAUGAUAAGUAAAUUGGAAUUUCAUUAACCUAAAAUGUGUUAUAAACGUCGUUUAAAUGACAUCCAUAUUCCGCGUAUCAUAAACUGGCUGGUAAACGUUUGAUCGCCAGCAUCCCCUUUUAUGAGAACUAUUUUCUGGUUCAUAUAUAAUAGUGUUGACCGAAAAUCUUAUUAAAGUGAGUUUGAUGGUGUUUGUUCACAGGCACUUAACUUGUAGCAUACAACAGUCGU